CGUUCACAUGCGAAGCUGCUCCUGAGGGAAAAACCCGCACGAACCCUCACGGCUGACUAGAUUUUUUUUUUUCUCUUAACCCCGGCCUCCAUAUAAUUGCGAAUUCCCGCCCCCGGAUCGUUUCGUUUCUUGAUCAUUUGCAAGAGUCAUACUGUACAACGAAGAUCCUGAUCCCUUUUUUUUCUUUUAAUAGACGGCAGCGUUCUUUCAUUUACUCCACUGGACCACACUCGAUCGGACAUCGCUGAGACGAGUCACAGCGUCAGGCACGCACGCGGCUGAUCACUGCCCUAGCCUAGAUAACAUUGACGACAUUGAUUGGUUUUAUCUUUGCCAUCCGCGACCCGCCACCUGCAUCGGAGCUUUUUCUUGAUAUAAACCAACAAACACCCUUUUCCCUCCUUUUCUCCCCCUUCGCUCAUUUGCUUCCCCCAUAUACACCGACACACGAAAACGAAGCAAUGAAGGUCUUUUCAAACCAAGUCACCUACGACUACUCGUGGGACGAAGUGUCAACGGCCAACUGGCGCAAGUACGGCCCAUGGAACAACAAGUCUGAGCACGUCAUCGCCGUCGACACGCUCUCGCGACGAGUCGACCCCGAGACCGGCGUCCUGCGCACCGAGCGCCUCAUCACAUGCAAGCAGGCCGCCCCCGACUGGAUCAAGUCGCUACUGGGCGGCAACAUGGAGGAGAGCUUCGUCUACGAGGCCAGCUACGUCGACCCGCAGAGCAAGACGGUCACAAUGGUCAGCCAGAACCUGACGUGGAGCAACCUGGUCCGCGUGCAAGAGGAGGUCGUCUACAAGCCCCUGAGCGACCACCACACGCAGUUCAUCCAGAGCGCCCGCAUCACCGCCCUGUGCGGCGGCUGGCAGCGCAUCAAGAACGGCAUCGAGGACUCGCUGUGCACGCGCUUCAAGGAGAACGCCGUCAAGGGUCGCGAGGGCUUUGAGCGGGUUCUCGAGAUGAGCCGCAUCGUCUUUGCUGAAGAGAAGGAGAGGCUGCAGCAGCAGCUCAUGUAAAUUGCAUGAGCUUCAUCCUGCUCCAAAAUGCCUCCAACAUGACAAACCCAAACAAACAACAAACAACAACCCAUCUCCACUAUAACGACCAAACUUGUGUUUUUAUCAUCCUCUCUCCUGUGUUUGGGAAAGACACGGCGGCGGCAUAUAUUUCUCUUUUUCUCUGUGCUUUUUUUUUAUGGCGCGGCGUCACGGUUACACAAAAAUGGGUAGAGGCACGAACAAAGAAACGAGAAGAGAGAAGGUUA